CGGGUGCAGGGCUGGGCGGGGGCAUGCUGGCCAGGCGGCGGGGCGCGAGUGGCAGCGCGCAGGGACCGGAGCAGCGCCCGGCCAGGGGCGCCCGGGGGCCAGAUGGCGGAGUCCACGCGCGCCGCGGAGCCUGGGAGGUUUGCGCUCCGCUCAUCGCGCUGCAGGGAGGGCUCGGUGCCAGGCGCGAGCGUCCAGAGACCCAAAAAGAAAGCUUUUUAUUUGCUAAAGAUGAAGCCCCUGAAGGAGCCCGCCCCCAACAACAACAACAACGUGUCCUUUGUGAUCCAUUGUCAACUAGGCAAGGAAAUCAAACACAUUUGCAGCAACUGCAGUCGGGGGGAGGACGCCCGGGACGCUGAGGAAGUGGAAAGGCUGGCGGCCAUGCGCUCUGACUCCCUCGUCCCAGGUACCCACACCCCACCCAUCAGAAGGAGAAGUAAAUUUGCCAAUCUGGGGAGGAUUUUUAAGCCUUGGAAAUGGAGGAAGAAGAAAAGUGAAAAGUUUAAACACACAUCUGCAGCUUUGGAAAGGAAAAUAUCAAUGAGGCAAAGCAGAGAGGAACUGAUAAAGCGAGGAGUCUUGAAGGAAAUCUAUGAUAAAGAUGGGGAACUCUCCAUAUCGAAUGAUGAAGACUCCCUGGAAAAUGGGCCUUCCCUGAGCUCUAGCCAGCUGUCUCUGCCUGCCCUGUCCGAAAUGGAGCCAGUCCCAAUGCCCCGGGAUCCCUGUUCAUACGAGGUGCUCCAACCUUCAGACAUCAUGGAUGGCACAGUGUCUGAAGAUUGUCCCUCUGCCAAUGAGUCUGGACUCCUCCUGUCCCAAGAUCCUUCAGCCAAACCAGUCCUGCUACUGCCCCCCAAAAAACCUGCUGCUUUCUCUGGAGACCAUGAGGAGACCCCAGUGAAGCAGCUGUCCCUACUCAAGCAACCCCCUGCCCUGCCUCCCAAACCCACUACCAGGAUUGCCAACCACUUAACAGAUCCUGGUGCCCCUGUGAAAUUGCCUUGUCUGCCAGUGAAACUGUCGCCUCCGCUACCUCCAAAGAAAGUCAUGAUCUGUAUGCCUGUUGGGGGACCAGACCUCACCCUGGCAUCUUAUGCAGCUCAGAAGAGUGGCCAGCAGGGCGGAGCCCACCACCACACUGUUCUGCCAUCCCAGAUCCAGCACCAGCUGCAAUAUGGCAGCCUUGGCCCGCACCUCCCCUCCACCACUGGCUCCCUUCCUAUGCACCCCUCAGGCUGCAGGAUGAUAGAUGAGCUGAACAAAACUUUGGCGAUGACCAUGCAGAGACUGGAAAGCUCUGAGCAGCGAGUCCCCUGUUCCACUUCUUACCACAGCUCUGGUUUGCACUCCGGUGACGGUGUCACAAAAGCAGGACCUCUGGGCCUUCCGGAAAUAAGACAAGUGCCAACUGUUGUGAUUGAAUGUGAUGACAAUAAAGAAAAUGUGCCUCAUGAAUCGGACUAUGAAGAAUCUUCUUGCCUCUAUACAAGGGAAGAGGAAGAAGAGGAAGAAGACGAGGAUGAUGACAGCUCAUUAUAUACCAGCUCCCUGGCCAUGAAGGUGUGCAGAAAGGACUCCUUAGCCAUCAAGCUCAGCAACAGGCCCUCCAAACGAGAGCUCGAAGAAAAGAAUAUCCUUCCCAGGCAGACGGAUGAAGAGAGACUGGAGCUGAGGCAACAGAUUGGCACCAAGCUUACCAGGCGACUGAGCCAGAGGCCAACUGCUGAGGAAUUGGAGCAGAGGAAUAUUCUGAAACCUCGGAAUGAACAAGAGGAACAAGAAGAGAAAAGAGAAAUCAAGAGGAGGCUUACUCGAAAGCUCAGUCAAAGGCCCACAGUGGAAGAACUUAGGGAAAGGAAGAUCCUCAUUCGCUUCAGUGACUAUGUGGAGGUGGCUGAUGCUCAGGACUAUGACCGCAGAGCAGACAAGCCAUGGACCCGCCUCACUGCUGCUGACAAAGCUGCCAUUCGAAAGGAACUCAAUGAAUUUAAAAGCACUGAAAUGGAAGUUCAUGAAUUGAGUAGACAUUUAACAAGGUUUCACCGACCUUAACAGUAAAAUUCCUCUUGAGUGCUAUGCUGUCUUCAAAACAUAAAUUUAUAAGAACCAUAA